CCACUGAUAUUGACAGAGACAGAAUAUCUGUUGUACUGUUUAAAGAGUGAGCGGUGCUUCCUCAAGCUUCGGUUUCGUGAAAGUAAACAAAAUAGUGAACAACGUCCAGAGGGAAAUAUUCCUUGUAGUUGGCAAAGUUAGAUAGAAUAUCUUCAAGAUGGUUUGUGGGGGAUUUACGUGUUCUAAAAAUGCUCUUUGUUCACUCAACGUGGUGUACAUGUUGGUUGGUCUGCUGCUGAUCGGCGUGGCAGCGUGGGGGAAAGGCUUCGGCAUCGUGUCCAGCAUCCACAUCAUCGGCGGGGUCAUCGCUGUGGGCGUCUUCCUACUGCUUAUCUCCAUCGUGGGUCUCAUUGGAGCCCUCAACCACCACCAAGUCAUGCUCUUCUUCUACAUGGUCAUUCUGUUCCUGGUGUUUCUUUUCCAGUUUGGUGUGUCCUGCUCCUGCCUGGCUAUUAACAAGGGACAGCAGGUGAAGCUGUUGAGUGGUACCUGGGCGUUGAUGAGCAACGACACGCGUCUGGGCGUGGAGAGCAAGUUGAACUGCUGUGGGCUGCUGAACAACAACCAGAGCAAGGAGCAGUUCAACGAGGACGUGAAACUCUGCAAUGCGCCCUGUAAGCAUGCCAGGAUCUGUUUCACCUGUGGGGACUUGAUGCUGCAGCACGCUGCAGAGGCUCUGAAAAUCCUGGGUGCAGUAGGACUCUUCUUCAGCUUCACAGAGUGUAUAUUCAGCAGGCGCAAGGGAACCACGCCUGUAAAGCCCAUUACGCARCUGCAUAAGAUCUUGGGUGUGUGGCUGGCUGCACGUUACAGGAACCAGAAGGAUCCAAGAGCCAACCCCAGUGCAUUCCUAUAAGAGCAGAGCGUGAAGAGGCCCACAAGUUACGCACCAUGAUAUAGACACACACACGCAAAAUACAACAUUGGAGAUACACAUACAUACACACAGAUGUGCCAAUAUGAAAAGAACAACACACACUCGCAGCCUGAUGCCAAUUGACAACCCACUAAGUACCUUCUGGUUCUCACAUGUGCAUACACACACACUGGGGAAGAAAAGGCCAUGUUGGUCUGUACAGUUUCUUCUCAUGUACGAUAGGAUUGUUCAACAGCUUUUUUUUGUAUUACUUCUAUGUCAGUGUUUCUCAACCUCUGGUCUGUGGACCUGCACUGCUCUUUGGGAUAAUGGGGACCACUCCCUCAGAUGCUAAUACUUAUUUACUUUGUUCUUAAUUAGAAGUUUUAAACAACACAUUUCUCCAGAGGUAUAUCUGGUUCAUGUUCAUUAGGCACCAAACAGAAGAACAUGUACAGAAACAAGGAGGGACCUGCACUUUUCCAAUAAGAAAGUUUUUAUUUUCCAUUCUACGUUUUGCUACGGUGUGCUCUAAUGAAUAUGAGCCUGUGCUCACUAGUCCCUGGUACCAAACCAGUUGAGAACGACCCCGUUCAGAGACCCCUAUCCCUGUCUGUCCAUGAUGUGGGUAGACUACACAGACGCAGCACCCUGUGCACCAACUACCAGCAUAGCACUGUGUGUGAUGGCAUACACAGAAUUGAUCUUUUUUUAACCAAGAAAAAUCUUUUAUAAUUUAAGGGUUUUGUCUAUGCCACAAAAUGUUGUGAUUGUGAUUUUACAUAGUAGACUUSUGUGUAGCUUCUGUUGAUUUUUAACAAGAUGUCAUUGUGUGCAGUGUGGCCAUCAAUAUUUCUUGACAAAGAAAGCGGUGCCUUAUAGAUCAUGUCAUGUUAGUGCCUUGGGUGGGAAUUAGAUUUUGUGCCAAACUAUUGAUUAAGAGGGGAUACUGAAUUGGAUAGUCUAUAGAGACAUUUCUCUUCCUUUUGAGCUAAAACAUUAAGCACUUUAAUGGAGUUCAGACAAUAAAAACGUAGGCGUAAUUCAGUUACCCCCCCCCCAUCUAUCCACAUAGCACUUUAUUCAACACAUGCAUUUGCUCCUGUAUAAUAUUACAUUUGUUUUGUUUGUGGUACUAUGGACACUAGAGGGCUUUGACACUGAGUAAAAGUUGUCAUUAAACAAUUCAUCUGGACCACCAGAGUUAAUACUGGAGAUAAUGCCUUUGUGGAGAUGCUAUGGGAAAUGCAACAUGUUUUUCUCACAUCUCUCCUUGGCCUGUCCUGAUAUGCACCACCCUCACCUCAAUUGUCUCUAGACAUAGAGCUAGGACAUUUUAACAUAUUUAAUGAAUGAACAAAACAUGUUUGCCAGUGUUGAUAGUUGUCACACACUCCUUCAUAAAAUAAGUGCAGCCAGUCUCAAAAGUUGAGACAAACUGUAGUCUGGAGAAUUAAAAUGAAUUUAACGCUUUGAUUAGGAAUAUACAAUUAAGGGAAMAUGUAGAACUACAGCACAAAGCAAUGGGCAGCACAGUUUUUGGAUGAUCUAGCUUAAGUGGUGUUCCACUACCUGCCUUCAUAUGUUGACACUGAACCAUCUGAUCCUUUUCUGUGCAUUUUUGUUUCCACUAUCUAUUUUGUAAUUAACCUGAAAGUGUUUUCCUAGUGGCACUUUGCCAGAUUUUAUUUAUUUGCCUGUCAUUGGAGGAAAUCAUUUGCUAUGGCCUAAUUGAUGCAAUCUUGGAAGAAGUUUAAAAGCUUUUAACCACCUGCCUAAAUACUUAGCAUACCAGUGACUGUUCACAAUAAUUGUCAAUUUGCAGCAUCUAAAAACUGAGCAAAGAGUUGAGGAAUGAGUUUUAUUAAGUAUUGCCCUUAAUGGUAACUCUGCUAAAAGCCUUUGGUUGCACAGUGCUUCUGCACAGCAAUGGGUUGUCAGAGUUAGUAUAUUAGUGAUGUGGCACUUCCGACGGCUGUGAGACUGCCACUAUACGUCCUGACUCAAGGUUUUGACCCUAAAGUUUGUCCAUGAUUGACAGAAUGACUCAUGUUCUAGAUUAUGGCAGUCUCAGCUUCCUGUUGCUUUUCACCCAAAUGGCUCCCUAUAUAGUGGACUGCUUUCAAGUAGUGCACUAUAUACGGAACGGGAUGCCAUUUGGGACUCAACGUUCUUACUGUGGACUUGAUUGCCUGCUUAACCUUAAGGUUUAUUUUUUGUGCAGCACGUUUUUCCUAUUAAAUGUCAUGAUUCAGGA